GAUAUGUUUAUCAAAGGCCUGCAUCUUGAUCUGUUUAUCAUCGAAAAGCGUAACAGAGUCCCUUCUCUGUUGCCUAAAACGAUGGAGCAGGGUUGUGGCGGAAUUUCGCACGGUCGGCCUCAAAGCCUAUUUAUUUCCACGUUUCGACCUCCUUCACAAGGAUAAAAAGUCUUUCUCCAGCUCUCAGAAACAGUCACCCGAGACGGUAUCACAAACACGAAGCAAACAUGCAAAGGUCACGAGAAGGUUGGCAUUGGACUCCCGGCACCGGGCUCCAAGCCGGUAUCCCUUCCAUUGCAGUGAUCGAGCCGUCACAGCUGAUCCAGCAUCCCAAAGACGUGUUUGAUGUGAUUGUUAUUGGCGCAGGGUAUACAGGCCUUACAGCGGCCAGAGAUACGUCAACCAGCGGUCAGUUUCCCUGAGCUGACAGGUUGCAUUGGUCUUUACUUCGGCUGACCACAAACCAGGCUUGAAGACGCUGCUGUUAGAGGGACGAGACAGAAUCGGUGGCCGAACCUGGUCAUCCGAGAUUGACGGGUACCCCUAUGAAAUGGGAGGCACAUGGGUUCACUGGUUUCAGCCACAUGUGUAUCGUGAACUGUCGAGAUAUGGCAUGAAAGACCAACUCGUGCACUCCACCGACUACAGCAAGAAGCACAACUUCUUCACCUUCAAGACAGCAUCUGGUGACAGGAACAUGAGUCACGAGGAAGAGGACUCUCUUUUCGCUCGGGCCGUUGAGAAGUUCGUCAACGUCGACGGUAACCUUGGUAGGACCGUGAUGCCAUUCCCAUUCAACGCAUACUGGAAUAAAGACGUGUUGAAAUAUGCAAACCUGUCCGUCGCAGAGAGAAUCGCCCAAAUCAGCCACGAUCUCUCCAGCGACGAGAGGCACGCUGUAGAAGCCUUUGUGCUCCUUUGCAGUGGCGGAACGACGGAAAACUCGGCAUUUCUUGACUUUCUCCGCUGGUGGGCUGCUGCCAAUUACGACUACAAAACGCUUCUGGACACCAUCAUUGUCUUCAAGCUGAAAUGCGGCCAAUCCGGCUUUGCGAAACGCUUCUUUGAAGAGGCUCUGGCGAGCGGCAACCUCUCAUACUCCUUCAAUACGCCGGUUGCCCGUAUCGACUCAUCAAAAGGGCUGGUGGAAAUCCGGACCAAGGACGGUCAAAUUUUCUUGGCCAAAAAGCUCAUUUGCACGGCCCCACUGAAUGUACUCGAGCAGAUCGAGUUCAAUCCACCCUUGGAUCAAGCGAAGCGCGAGGCUGCCGCCUUAAAGCAUGUCAAUCAGUGUGUCAAGGUCCACGCGGAUGUCAAAGACCCAGAAAUGAGGUCUUGGAGCGGCGUCACCUACCCCCACAACAAACUCGUUAUCGGAGUGGCAGAUGGAACAACUCCCGCAGGAAAAACUCAUUGUGUCUUUUUUGGAUGUGAUGCAAACCACAUGCAUGCAGAUGAGGACAUCAACCAGACUCUGGGGGCCAUAAAAGAGUUUGGCCCCAUGGAAAUUGACCGUCUGGUAUUUCACAACUGGUCCAAGGAUGAAUUUGCCAAAGGAGCCUGGGUGUGGUACAGACCGGGUAUGGAGGUGCAAUACCUUGAGGCUCUCAGGAAGCGGCAAGGACCCGUACUGUUUGCUAACUCGGAUUGGGCUGCUGGAGGAUGGAGGAGUUUUAUCGAUGGUGCCAUUCAAUCGGGAACUGAGGCAGCCUUGACGGUCCGACAGGAGCUGCGACCGGGUUCGAGAACAAGCCGGCUAUGACAGAUGACAACUGGAUAGUCUGAAAUCUUCGAUGCCGUAGAAAUGACAUAUUUGUAUCUCUAUAUAGCUUUCGAUAUUGCCCCCUUUCGCGUCACAAUGCAAGCCAUGUCUUCGCGGACGAGAGGUAUAAGGCUGAGUAGGUUGACUCGCU